ACGUUCUUUUAUUGUUUAGUUCACAGCCUUGCCCAUUGCCAUUGAAAAUAUAAAUUUCAACAAUUUUAUAUGAACGUGCUUUGCUUGCUGCCACAUAUAAUUGUCCAUGCGAAAUUACUGGAAGUCGCAAUAAUACACACAUUAUUCCAAAACUUUGACCCUGCGAUUUGAUUAUGGUCAUAGAAAAUACAGCUAUUAA